CGUCACCCACCUCACACGUGGCUUCCUACGCAUCUCCCAGUAGUACUUUUCCAAUACGUUUCUUCCCUCCUCAAUUCUCUCUCUCUCUCUCUCCCUUAAAAACGCUUGCUUUCACAGUUGCACAAUCUCCAAGUCGUCGACCCCAUCAAAGAAACAAAGGAAAGGCUAUUUAGAUUGUAGUUUGAGAUAACAGAGGUACUGGAUAUUCUGUAUUUACAUGUGUGGAAAGGAGAAAUGGUAGGGCGAGAGGGGUUGAGGACCGAGGAAUUAGACUUGUGCUUUGAUAAGCUGAUGGUGUUCGGUUGUAGCGGUGGUAUUGGGGGAACCAAGAUGGGAGUUGCUGGGAUGAUCACCGAGUGGAAGGAUAUUCCCAUGGAGCUAUUGUUGCGAAUCGUGUCCCUUGUCGAUGAUCGGACAGUUAUUGUUGCUUCGGGAGUAUGUAGUGGGUGGAGAGAAGCUAUUUGCUGGGGACUUACUCAACUCUCCCUCUUGUGGUGCAAGAACAACAUGAACAACAUGGUUCUUUCCCUUGCUCCUAAAUUCACAAAACUACAGACUCUGAUUCUGCGUCAGGAUAAACCUCAGCUUCAAGAUAACGCGGUUGAGGUCAUUGCAAGUUACUGCCAUGAACUCCAGGAUCUGGACCUCAGCAAGAGCUUCAAGCUUAGUGACAGCUCUCUGUUUGCCGUGGCUCAUGGUUGUCAAAAUCUCACAAAACUUAACAUUAGUGGGUGUUCUGCCUUCAGUGAUACGGCUCUUGCGUAUUUGGCUACUUUUUGCAGAAAACUAAAAUACUUAAAUCUUUGUGGAUGCGUUAAAGCUGCAUCUGACAAGGCGUUGAAAGCUAUUGGUGACAACUGCAAUGUAUUGCAGUCAUUGAAUCUGGGAUGGUGUGAGAAGGUUGGUGAUGCUGGGAUAAUGAGGUUAGCAUAUGGAUGCCCCGAUCUGAGAGCCGUAGAUUUGUGUGGCUGUGUUCUUAUAACAGAUGACAGUGUCAUUGCUUUGGCAAACAAUUGCCUCCAUCUCAGAUCCCUUGGCCUCUACUACUGCCAAAACAUCACAGACAGAGCAAUGUAUUCUCUAGCUCACAGCCGCGUUAACAACAAGCACGAACUAUGGAAGUCUGUGAAGAAGAACAUGCGCGAGGAGGAAGAAGGGCUUAUAAACCUCAACAUAAGCCAGUGCACUGCCCUUACUCCUCCAGCCGUGCAGGCAGUAUGCGACUCGUUCCCAGCGCUUCAUACUUGCCCUGGAAGACAUUCCCUCAUCAUAAGCGGCUGCUUGAGCUUGACGUCUGUGCAUUGUCCUUGUUCUGGUGUCCAAGCCCACCGUGCGGCCAAUGCACUCCUUCAUCCUGCUCACUAAGGCUGUGAGUACCUGCGGUAAAAAUCUAUUUAGUCUGGUUGGAUCGUGAAUUUGGUGAGGGUUUAUGGAGGUAUGGAAGAGGUUAAAAACAAAGACAAGAAUGAUGGAAAUGAGGAAGUCAUGUUUAGUUAAUUGGUUUUCCAAUCAUUUUUCUUCCCAUUGUUAAAUCUCUAGACGAAUCCAUGAUCUAAACACAGGCUGUAAGUUUCUGUUCCAUUGCUCCUGUAGAUAUGGUUGUGUAUGCUGUUGAAUAUGCAGACCACUUUGUACUGGCUGCCUGUGUUGUCCUUGUAUGGGUUGAACCCACAACACUGACAUCUGUUGUAUCUGUUUUCAGAGACUGGCUUUUUAAGACAUUAUUUUUCAUGGGUUUAUACCUUGUAAACUGUAUAUUAGC